GGGGGGGAGGGCACUCGCUGCGCAGGCGCAGUGCUCGGCUCCUCCGGCGGAGAAUCUAUCUCUGCGGUGUUUUUCCGGCUCUCUUCUUGUACAGCGGAGCGACAGGUAUGGCGGAGGCGAUGGAUUUGGGUAAAGACCCCAAUGGGCCCACUCACUCCUCCACUCUGUUCGUGAGAGAAGACGGCAGCGCCAUGUCGUUUUACGUGCGGCCCAGCUCGGCCAAGCGCCGGCUGUCGACGCUCAUCCUGCACGGCGGCGGCACCGUGUGUCGGGUGCAGGAGCCCGGGGCCGUGCUGCUAGCCCAGCCUGGGGAGGCUCUGGCUGAGGCUUCGGGCGACUUCAUCUCCACUCAGUACAUUCUAGACUGCGUGGAGCGCAACGAGAAGCUGGAACUGGAGGCCUAUCGGCUGGGCUCGAUGGAGCAGGCGUCCGACCCCAAGCCCGGGGCUUCUGCGGAGGGCUCUACGGAACCGGAGCCGCCGCCCCUGACCGGGCGCAUGGCCUACACUGACGCGGACGAUGUGGCCAUCCUGACCUACGUGAAGGAAAACGCCCGUUCGCCCAGCUCGGUCACAGGCAAUGCCUUGUGGAAAGCGAUGGAGAAGAGCUCGCUCACGCAGCACUCCUGGCAGUCGCUCAAGGACCGCUACCUUAAACACCUACGGGGCCAGGAGCACAAGUACCUGCUCGGGAACGCUCCAGUCAGCCCGUCGUCCCAGAAGCUCAAACGGAAGGCGGAGCAGGACCCCGAGGCCGCGGAUAGCGGAGAACCACAGAAUAAGAGAACGCCAGACUUGCCUGAGGAGGAGUGUGUGAAGGGAGAGACCAAGGAGAAUGGAGAGGCAGUCAACAAACUGUUUGAGGAAGCCACUCGGGAGUUUGGAGAAGCUGUGGUGGAUGAAAGCCCUGACUUUGAAAUACAUAUAACGAUGUGUGAUGGUGAUCCACCCACUCCUGAAGAAGAUUCGGAAACACAGCCAGAUGAGGAGGAAGAGGAACCAAAAGUUUCUACACAAGAAGUGGGAACUGCUAUUAAGAUCAUCCGGCAGCUAAUGGAAAAGUUUAACUUGGAUCUCUCAACAGUCACACAGGCCUUGCUAAAAAACAGUGGUGAGCUGGAGGCCACCUCCUCUUUCUUAGAGUCGGGACGGAGACCUGAUGGUUAUCCAAUUUGGUGCCGACAAGAUGACUUAGAUUUGCAGAAGGACGAUGAUGACACAAGAAAUGCACUGGUCAAAAAGUUUGGAGCUCAGAAUGUUGCUCGGAGGAUCGAAUUCCGAAAGAAAUGAUGGACAAGAUGAUGGAAAAGACGGGGCAGGUGAUGAUGUAAGCAUCUGUGACCAUUGACACUGACUGGUGCUGCUGCUGCUCUGAGCCCCAGGUUCUGUAGCCAAGCAGUGUGAUGUAGCAGGAUAAAACAAAAGAAACUGGAAUUAGAGCCAUCCAUGGCAAGUAUUCCCUGUUUAUGUUAGGCAAAUCUAAGCCAGAGAAGUUGUUAGCCUGUGUAAUAGUGAUCCUUGGUUGGAAUGUGUCUCCUGUUGUACAGGAGACAGGAGCCAAAUGACAAAGUCAAGGUUGGAAAUGAAAGGGCAUUUGACUUGGUGAGUACAUAACCUCCCGUCUCUUGGCAGAAGUUGCUUUAGAUGGAGGGUCCCAAACCAAGAGUCUAGAAAUAAUAUUUAAUUGCAGCUGGGCGGUGGUGGCGCACGCCUUUAAUCCCAGCACUUGGGAGGCAGAGGCAGGCGGAUUUCUGAGUUUGGGGCCAGCCUGGUCUACAGAGUGAGUUCCAGGACAGCCAAGACUACACAGAGAAACCCUGUCUCAAAAAAACAAAAAACAAACAAACAAACAAAAACAAAAAACAACAAAAAAAAAGAUUUAAUUGCAGAGCUUAUACAUGGACUGUCCCAAACUGUGCCAUCCCCAGGGAUGCUCUGGUUUCUGUGUUGACUGUGUUGAAAAACCCCACAGUCAUCUUGCUAAGAGUCUUUGAGAUCUCUUCCCCUUCCUUGGCUGUUGCUUUUUGAGUUCUGAGUCAAGUCUUUGCUUACUUACCACUCCCUGGGUGCACACGAAGCCCUAGGCUUGUGGGAGCUUCCACCCUUUCGACAUUAUAAAAGAUGUCAUAGGGCUAGAGAGGUGGCUCAGCAGUUAAGAGCACUUGACUGUUCUUCCAGAGGUCCUGAGUU